GGCAGGUUACCAGGAUAAUAUAUAAUACCAGUACGUGCCAUUCCCAUGCUGGAUCGAAUGGGCAAUUAUGGGGGUGCCGAAGUUCCCAGAGAACCGGUUCGAACCAGCUCGGAACUGAAUCAUAAUCGCUUCAGAACCGCCGACCUGAACCGAACCGUGGCACCCCUGGAGACACGUACUCAGUCGCUGACACUGGCAGCAGCCGUCAACAUGAGCGAUAUGCUCAUGCGAAGAUUGUGUUUCAAUGUAGACAUUUUCAACCAUUAAGAAUCCCAAGGAACCAAUCCGACAUCACCAACCAGCCGUAACGAUCCUCUUGGCAUGGAGUUGAUAAGCGGCACUGCCACGUGCAUCACGCCCAAAUUAAGUAAACGUUAUCCGUCCACCCCUUCCUGUAUGGAACGACUAUUGGCCUCGAAACAUUCUCUAUCUAUGAACAUACCCGAUGCCAUAGAACAGCGAAUGACCGCGCUCGCUGUUCCGCUCGCCUCUGAGAUAGAUGCUUUUAAGCACACCAGUGUAGCGAAGAGGAUUCACGCGUGGUAUGCCGAUGCCGGAAAUUGUGACCCCCCCAAGCUUGAACCACCCCCCUCCCCCUUUUCCAGGACAUGGCAAUCGUUCCCUAUCGGCAUGGGAACCGCUGCCGUGUAUCUCUGUUUGUGCAAUUUACAUGUACAACCACAAGGGGUGCGCGACAUUGCUGUCAGCUCUUCAUUCGCAAUCGUUUUUGAGGACUUUCACUGAAAUGCGCUGAAGAGGGUGAUAUAUUAUACCACAAUUGCAAUUUUCCUUUUUAAUGUCCUCACCCUAUUCUUUCAAUUACUUCUAUACCCCAAACACUUCA